CUGGAUGGCAAGCGGACUGGUCAACCUGUUCAUGCUUACCAUUCCGAACGAAAUUUCAAGGGAACCUUCAGUAUAUAAAUCAAGCUUCAAUCUCAAAUGGUCGGCACGUUCUAUUUUACAAGCUAAAUUCGUUUGAUCAGAUUCAUCAGUACUGAAAUUGAUCGUCAGCCAUGGCUGAUCUCGAGCUCUGGGCUUCUUCUCUGCUGCUCUGCUUUAUUACUAUGGUUGUCUUGUUCCUCAUCAAGUCCAAGUCCACUUCUUCUUCUUCUUUAUCAUCAUCAGUGUCGCCGAGAAGGUAUCCGGUGAUAGGAUCUUUACCUGCAAUUAAAGCGAAUCAGAAACGAAUAAUUCAGUGGACGUCCGACAUCGUGAGGAGCUCGCCAUCUUACACCUUCGUCCUGCACCGCCCGCUGGGCCGCAGGCAAGUCUUUACCGCCGACGCCGCCAACGUCCAGCACAUUCUUAAGACCCACUUCUUUAACUACCAGAAAGGAAGUUUUUCCCAGAGCAUUCUCUUCGACUUCCUCGGCGACGGCAUCUUCAACGCCGACGGCGAGACCUGGAAGUUCCAGAGACAAGUCGCCAGCCAUGAGUUUAACACCAAAUCGCUCCGCAAAUUCGUGGAGACAGUGGUGGACGCCGAGCUCUCCGACCGCCUCAUCCCAAUCCUCUCCGCCGCCGCCGCCAAUGGUGAUGUUCUCGACCUUCAGGACAUCCUCCAAAGAUUCGCGUUUGACAACAUUUGUAAAAUCGCUUUCGGAUAUGAUCCAGCCUAUUUGUUGCCUUCUCUUCCGGAAGCCAAAUUCGCCAAAGCUUUUGAAAGCGCAGUCAAGAUCAGUAGCGAAAGGUUCCAAGCGAUUCAUCCCGUGGUGUGGAAAAUCAAGCGUUUUCUCGACGUCGGGUCGGAAAAGCAGCUUCGAGUUGCAGUGGAAGAAGUUCGUAGAUUCGCCAUGGAAGUGACUGGAGAAAAGAAGGAAGAACAGAGGGAAAAAUCAUCGAUUGAAUCCCCUGAUCUGUUGUCGAGGUUCUUGAGUUCGGGGCAUUCAGACGAAACCUUCGUGGCGGAUAUAGUCAUCAGUUUCAUACUGGCCGGCCGAGACACCACCUCCGCCGCCUUGAUAUGGUUCUUCUGGCUGGUCGCCAAAUACCCAGAAGUCGAAACCGAGAUUCUCAGAGAAAUCAAUGACAAAUCAGAAGCUACCAUUUACGAGGAAGUGAAGGACAUGGCUUACACGCAGGCUGCGCUGAGCGAGAGCAUGAGGCUCUACCCGCCGGUCCCCGUCGACGGAAAAACAGCCGUGACAGACGACGUGCUGCCGGACGGGACGGUUGUCAAGAAAGGCAUGAGCGUGACUUACCAUCCGUACGCAAUGGGGAGAUCGGAGAAGCUGUGGGGGAAGGACUGGGCGGAAUUCCGGCCGGAGAGGUGGCUGCAGAAGGCCGGCCCUGCCGGAAAAUGGAGCUACGUGCCGAGAGACCCGUAUGAAUACACAGUGUUUCAGGCGGGACCGAGGGUUUGCCUGGGGAAGGAGAUGGCGUAUUUGCAGAUGAAGAGAGUGGCCGCCGGUGUUUUGCGGCGAUUCCGGGUGGUGCCGGCGCUGGAGGAAGGGGCGGAGCCGGUCUUCAUAACGUACUUGACUUCGAAGAUGGAAGGCGGUUUUCCGGUGAAGUUCGUGGAGAGGGCCACCGGAGGGCUGUGAGUUGCUUAAUUAUAAAUUAUUAUUAUUUUGUAGCUAAGGGUCAGUUUUCUUACGGUUUGUGUCUUACUGUUUUUUAUUUAUUUUGUGUGUAGUUAUCUCUUUCAAAAUUUACUUUUAGCGGCUGUAAUAUUUUAAUUUUAAAUGAUAUUUAAAUAUUUAUAUUUAA